UCUACAGUGAAUGACUUUAGCAUUUUCGUUUUUUACACACCACGCGAUAAUUUUAAUAAAAAAAAUUAUUUGUAAUUUCGUUCCCAAAUAUUAUUAAUAAUGUCAAAAACUAAAGUUAAAAAUCAAAAUAAACAAAAAAAUCAGAAGAAACAAAAACAAUCUGAUACAGAAUUUUCUACCGAUUGGGAUGUGGAGAAGUAUCGCCGGGAAUAUGAAAGUGAAGAACAUUGGCAGUUGAGAAAGCGUUUUAUGGAAAUGCACAAAGACAAAUUUCCGGAAGAUAAAUUGGUGUGUUUAGCUCAAGUAUUUACAAAUAUGGAAUUUAUGGGUUGCAAAUAUCCCUCCGAAACCAUGCAAAUGGUUGCUGAACUCUCAAAAGAUGUAGCUAAAGAAUUUAGGGCCGAUAGAGCAAAUCGUUUGAAGAGAACGUUUGUAACAGCUUCUGAUGCCGCUGAGGCCAGGGCUAAAGGACGUAAAUCGACGCAGCAAACAAAUAAUGUACAGACUGCUAGUUCAUAUCAAGCUAAUAAUAAGAGAAAAGGUUUUGGAAAUGAGGCAGUGGGUAGUGAUGAACCCUUAACUAAAAGAACUUCAUCAACAACACUUGAUCUAUUUUCUGGGUUAAAGUAUGGCAAAUUUGUGGUAUAUUUACAUGGCGAUCGUAAUUGUUUAAGACUAUCGGCACAACGAGGCAAUAUACAAUAUGUAGAAAAAGAAGUUGUAGUAGAAAAUGGACGGAAGCAGGUUGAAAUACGCCUAAAUGAACAAAUAGUAGCCACGGCUUGCGAAGAAAAUUUAAAGGCCUCCAAGGCAGAGGCGUUUCGCAAAGCAUUAGCAACAUUACAGCAGCAAUGUUACACAAUUAAACAAAAUCCUUUAAGAGAUACCAUUAAAAUUGAGAAAACCAAUAAUAAAGUAGUAUGUGGUGUAAUAAAAACUCAGCAAGAGGAACAGAAAAUCGACGCCACAAACAAGGGUUACAAAAUGAUGAAAAUGAUGGGCUGGUCAGGCGGUGGUCUAGGCUCUCAGAAACAAGGACGUGAAGAUCCUGUUGGAUAUUUGCUUAAAAAUAAUCGUGCUGGUUUGGGCAAUGAUGCGUGCAAGCUAGAUCGCAAAUAUUUUAUGCAAAUGUUAAAAAAUUAUGUGGAAUCAGAUGAUAUACGUGAGUUACAAUUUGAACCCACAUUUACCAAAGACGAAAGAGCCAUGCUUCAUGAAAUUGCCAACAAAUUCAAUUUAAAAUCAACUAGUCAUGGUCAAGAUGAACAACGUCGCCUAAUAAUUAAUAAGAAAACUAUAAGCGAUGUUCAAAUAUUGCAAGAAAUACUAAUUAACAAAAAUCCUCGUUUUAUGGAUCGUUAUUUUGUGCAAGUUCCACAGUCAAAAAGUCAAUUAUUUCCUGAUUAUACUGCAGUACUAACGCUAUAAUGUAAUAUAAGUCUUCAUAUGUAUACCAUACAAAUUUCCCGUAGGCUAUGUUUGCUGGCCAUAUAAAAUAGUUUGACUAAUACAUUUAUUUUUAGUUUUAAUUGCUGUACAUUUAGUUUUUUGUCACUGCGUUAAUUUAAAGUUGUACAAAAAAUAUUAAAAAUUUUUUAUAUAAAAAUUCUAGUGUGUAAAAAUGAAUAAUAAAAUAGUUCCAUGCAUUUGACGAAAUGUUAUCUUGAAAUAA